UCUCCUCCCCCUCCCUGCAGUGCUAACGUUGUCCAUGUGGAGAGUGAGGGCGGUCACUGUACACACACAGACUGAGCAGAACACUCAAAGCAUGAGGAGCCACGACGAGAAGCGAUCUGCAAUGAGAUGGACAAAACCUCCCCCUUUUCUCCUCCUGGUCUCACUUCACAGUGCAUCACUGGCCGCGGGCACAGGUGUGGCAGUGACCAAAGGGCAGAACGUUACCCUGGCAUGCCCGCUGGAGGUCAACCUCACGGUGGGCACGAUCACCUGGUACAAGCAGAGCCCAGGCCAGGGCCCACACAUGGUUCUGAGCUCCGCCCUGAACGGGUCCUCGCAGGUCCGCUACGGCGAGGGGUUCCACCUGGGUCGGUUCUCAGUCCAGUCCGGGGCAAGCGACUCAGUGCCACACCAGCUUCUGAUCAGCACCACGGAGGAGAUGGACUCGGCCACCUACUACUGCGGCAUCUCCAACAGCGACCGCCAAACGGACCCCUAACCACUGCUAACCCCUAACCACUGCUAACCCCUAACUACUGCUAACCCCUAACUACAGAUGACCCCUAACUACAGAUGACCCCUAACCACUGCUAACCCCUAACUACUGCUAACCCCUAACUACAGAUGACCCCUAACUACAGAUGACCCCUAACUACUGCUAACCCCUAACUACAGAUGACCCCUAACUACAAAUGACCCCUAACCACUGCUAACCCCUAACCACUGCUAACCCCUAACUACAGAUGACCCCUAACUACUGCUAACCCCUAACUACAGAUGACCCCUAACUACAAAUGACCCCUAACCACUGCUAACCCCUAACUACAGAUGAACCCUAACUACAAAUCCCCUAACUACAGAUGACCCCUAACUACUGGUAACCCCUAACUACAGAUGACCACUAACUACUGCUAACCCCUAACCACUGCUAACCCCUAACUACAGAUGACCCCUAACUACAGAUGAACUCUAACUAACUACUGUCCGCUCUCUUUAUGCAUCGCUUUCAUCUUUCGUGUAAAAGCUCAUAAAACAGCUCAUGGGUGCUUUGAGAAAAUGCUAUAUGAAAGCAAGUUGUUUUUGUUUUGAUAAAGUGCUAUAUGAGAGCAAGUUGUUUUUGUUGUUGUUUCAUAAUCUUGUGCAGUUAAAAUAAACAUUUCUAAAAACAUUGUCAAA